AAACCUCCGCUUCGUCGCUUCUUCCCACUAAAACCCUCUGCGCUUCAUUUCCUGCUACUUUUCCUGGAUUGUAAAGAUUUUUGGUGUCGUACCCAUGGAGAAGAACCAGGAAGAACAGGGAAAGAUCGGGAGGAAGAUGUGGCGACCGCACCUGGCGGAGGAGAAAGAUUACACUGCAUUGAAAGAGCUUGUCAGGCACCACAUCGAAUCGUUUGAUUAUAUGGUGGAUUAUGGUCUGGAGAAGAUGAUGCUGAAUCUCAAACCUGUUGAAGUUGUAGACUCUGUUUUAAAACAGAAAUUAAGAAUUUGGGUUGAAAACCCUGAAAUAUUUCCUCCUCAGAAAGAGCGGGCUUCCAGAGCCAUGUCCGAUCCUUUAUACCCCUUCGAGUGUCGACAAGCUAAGAUCACAUAUGCUGGGAAGUUCAUGGCGGACUUGACAUUCCAGUACGAUGGAGGAGUCCCUGUCAGAGAAAAAAUCAAUUUUGGGCAGUUUCCGAUUAUGUUGAAGUCCAAACUCUGUCAUCUUAGAGCCGCAAGUGAUGCCAAAAGAUUAGUUCAAUGCAAAGAGGAGCCCUCAGAAAUGGGUGGAUACUUCAUCACAAAUGGACUUGAGAGAGUUUUCCGGCUUCUUAUAAUGCCAAAGAGAAAUUAUCCAACUAGCAUGUUACGAAGUUCAUUUGCUGACCGUCGAGAUGGAUAUACGGAUAAAGCUGUGGUUAUAAGAUGUGUUAGGGAGGAUCAGUCAUCAGUUACAGUUAAACUGUACUACCUUAAUAAUGGGAGUGCAAGGCUAGGAUUCUGGUUACAAGGGAGAGAACGUUUGCUUCCUGUUGGACUCAUAUUGAAGGCUCUGAUCGAGACAUCUGAUCAUGAAAUCUAUACGAUCUUAACUUGCUGCUACAAGGAAAAAGCUGAUCGGGUAAAGGGAUCUGUUGGCACCCAACUCGUUGGUGAAAGAGCUAAAAUCAUUUUGGAUGAACUCCAUAAUUUAUCUCUUUAUACCCGUGCACAAUGUCUAGAACAUAUUGGGAUGUAUUUCAAGACUGUCUUGAAAGAGCUAAAAGAAGAAAGCUGCAGAGCUGCUGCUGAAACAGUUUUAAGGGAUUACUUACUUGUGCAUCUGGAUGACAAUAAUGACAAGUUCAAUCUACUCAUCUUCAUGCUGCAGAAGCUGUUUUCUUUAGUAGACCAGACGUCUGUGCCUGACAACCCAGAUUCUCUACAAAACCAGGAGGUUAUAUUGGCUGGACAAUUAAUAACUAAUAAUCUUAAGGAAAAAAUACAAGAAUGGUUAGUCAGGGUAAAACAGGCUCUUCAAGAGGAAGUUGACAAGAGUUCAAAGACAUUUGAGUUCAAUAGUGUGGCUGAUGUCAAGAAGAUCGUAGAAAGAAAUAGUCCACGACAAAUUGGUGCUGUGAUUGAAAAUUUGCUGAAGACAGGAAGAUUAAGUACACAAACUGGUUUAGAUAUGCAGCAGAAAGCUGGAAUCACAGUUCAGGCCGAGAGGCUAAAUUUUUUGCGCUUCCUUUCACACUUUCGAGCAGUUCAUCGAGGUUCUGCAUUUGCUGGUCUACGCACAACAAGUGUACGAAAAUUGUUGCCUGAGUCUUGGGGAUUUCUCUGUCCUGUGCACACACCUGAUGGGGAGCCUUGUGGUCUGCUGAACCAUAUGACUUCUACUUGUCGGAUAACUUCAAAUUUUGAUUCCAAAGGAAAAGUGAAGGACUUUCUUGAGAUUAGGAAAUCGAUUUCAAAUGUUCUUGCAAGCAUCGGAAUGACUCAAUCACCAAAGCUGCAAGCUGCCCCACCUGAGGCUCUUCAAGUCCUUCUGGAUGGUCGUGUUGUAGGUUAUAUUGUGUAUGAUAUAGUUGAAAAAGCUGUCUCUCAUUUGCGUAGGUUGAAGGUUUCAGGAACACCAGCGAUACCUGAAGAUCUUGAAGUUGGCUAUAUUCCUCUAAGCAUGGGCGGGGCAUACCCUGGCUUAUACCUAUUCACAUCUGACUCUAGAUUGGUUCGACCUGUGAGGAAUAUCCUAGUACCAUCCGAAGAGAGCAGUAACAUUGAGUUUAUUGGGCCCUUUGAGCAGGUUUACAUGGAAAUUAGUUGUCCCGAUGGUGGUGAUGGAGGAAGGAGAGAUGUAUUUCCUGCUACUCAUGAAGAAAUUCAUCCGACUGGAAUGUUGAGUGUUGUUGCAAAUCUUACACCAUGGUCUGACCAUAAUCAGAGUCCUCGUAAUAUGUAUCAAUGUCAGAUGGCUAAGCAGACGAUGGGUUAUUCUUGUCAAGCUUUAGCUUAUAGAGCAGAUCAAAAGCUUUAUCAUCUCCAGACACCUCAAACUCCUAUUGUGCGCACAAAAACAUAUGAAACAUACAAUAUUGAUGACUAUCCACUAGGGACCAAUGCUAUUGUAGCAGUUUUAGCAUAUUCAGGAUAUGAUAUGGAGGAUGCCAUGGUGUUAAAUAAAUCAUCUGUUGAUCGUGGCAUGUGCCGUGGCUAUAUAUACCAGACAGAAACUAUUGACUUGACCGAACAAGCUGUGAGGUCUGCCGCUAGCCAAAAAUCAUUUGGGAUUAGUAACCUGAAAGAUGGAGAAGCAGAAACAGCUCGUAAAUUUAUUGACUCUGAUGGACUCCCCUAUGUUGGACAGAGGAUAGGGCCCAAUAAUCCAUAUUGUAGCAUCUACGAUGCAACUACAAGUACAGUGAGAACAAACAAGCUGAAAAGUUCAGAACCUGCAUAUGUUGAUUUUGUUGCAGUAGAUGUUAAAAAUGAUAAGCCUUUACAAAAGGCAAACAUCCGGUUUCGACACCCUAGAAAUCCAAUUAUUGGUGAUAAAUUUAGUAGCAGGCAUGGUCAAAAGGGUGUUUGCUCUCAGCUAUGGCCAGAUAUUGAUAUGCCCUUUUCGGGAACUACAGGAAUGCGCCCAGAUCUUAUCAUCAAUCCUCAUGCAUUUCCUUCUCGGAUGACAAUUGCAAUGCUUUUAGAAUCAAUUGCCGCCAAGGGAGGUUCCUUGCAUGGUAAAUUUGUUGACGCCACGCCUUUUUCAAGCUCAAUGAAGAAGUCUGAUGGAUCAGAAUCAGACUCAAAUUCACUUUUAGAUGACCUUGGUUCUAUGUUAGUCGAACGAGGGUUCAAUUACCAUGGUGUAGAAGUAUUAUACAGUGGAGUUUAUGGGACUGAGCUAACAUGUGAAAUAUUCAUCGGGCCUGUGUAUUAUCAACGUCUCAGGCAUAUGGUUUCAGACAAAUAUCAGGUCCGGUCUACAGGAACAGUAGAUUCAAUCACCAGACAGCCUAUCAAAGGUAGAAAGCGGGGUGGUGGUGUACGUUUUGGAGAAAUGGAAAGGGAUUCCCUUCUUGCCCACGGAGCUGCAUAUCUGCUACACGAUAGGCUCCAUACGAGCUCUGAUCAUCACAUAGCCGAUGUCUGCUCCUAUUGUGGCAGCCUCUUGACCACAACGCUUAUACGGUCACCCAAACAAGAAGUACAAGCUUUGCUCGGUCUGCCCCCUAUCAAACCCCCGAAAAGGGUCACAUGCGUCGCCUGCAAGACAAGUAAGGGAAUGGAAACCGUCUCAAUGCCUUACGUUUUCAGAUAUUUGGCUGCCGAAUUGGCUGCCAUGAACAUAAAAAUGACUCUCCAACUCAGUAAUGGCGCCGGAGCUUAAGCCUUGUUCGUCGAUAAAUAACUUACUUUAUGGUAAUGCUACUCUUUGUCCCUUUAAAACAUUCCUUUGUGUCAAUCCUGUGCAAUUUUGUGACACGUUGGGAUGCCCUCCUUUCCUUUUCUACUUGUAACAAUACAUAUGUAUACCAUUAUUCACUAUUAAUUAUCCAUAAGCAACUACACACCAUUCAUUCA